GCUGGACCCUUCCUUCGCCUUCGCCACCGCUCAGCAUCUGCACAUCCCUACAAUGGCUAAAACAGCAAUGGCCUACAAGGAAAAAAUGAAGGAGCUGUCCAUGCUGUCACUGAUCUGCUCUUGCUUUUACCCCAAACCUCACAACAUCAACAUCUAUACUUAUGACGAUAUGGAAGUGAAGCAAAUCAACAAACGUGCCUCUGGCCAGACUUUUGAGCUGAUCCUGAAGCCACCAUCUCCCAUCUCAGAAGCCCCAUGGACUUUAGCUUCUCCAAAGAAGAAAGACCUGUCUCUGGAGGAGAUCCAGAAAAAACUGGAGGCUGCAGAGGAAAGAAGAAAGUCUCAGGAGGCCCAGGUGCUGAAGCAAUUGGCAGAGAAGAGAGAACAUGAGCGAGAAGUCCUCCAGAAGGCUUUGGAGGAGAACAACAACUUCAGCAAAAUGGUGGAGGAAAAGCUGAUCCUGAAAAUGGAACAAAUUAAAGAAAACUGUGAGGCUAAUCUAGCUGCUAUUAUUGAACGUCUGCAGGAAAAGGAGAGGCAUGCUGCCGAGGUGCGCAGGAACAAGGAGCUGCAGGUUGAACUUUCUGGCUGAAGCGAUGGAGGGAUGGCACAGCCCACCGUUAGUAAAUCCCCCUGCCUAUAUUAUAAUGGAUCAUGUGAUAUCAGUAUGGGAAAUGUAUGGCAUGGUUUAAAAAGAACU